CAGUCGGACCAGUACUGAUGAGGACUUCUUCUUGGAUUUUUUUUCUUGCUGGAUAAUGAAAGCUUUUCCGGAGUUUAAAUGGGAAGAAAUUAAACGGGUUCACUUCACCAAUUUGCUAUGAAAGACAACAGACACAUUCCAAAGUGAUGGCUUGCCUUGCCCCGCCAAGUCCUUCUGCUCUUGCCUCAUUUCUCUGCCCAUUACUACCCAGAGGCUUUGCUGUGGGACCGUCAAUGUCCUGUGAGGGAGGACUUGGACUGUGGUGGGUUGGUCCAUCAUUGCCGGCUGGAUCCCUACUCGGGAGUGAAGGUGACACAGAAUGGGCAGAAAAGUUUCAGACUGCAGGCAUGCUCUCUCAUCAAGAUUACAUUAUGGCAUUGGAGUCCAAAACAGACAUUCUAAGCAGCACAAAAGGAGAAAAGGUACCAGUGGAAACAGCUGAAAACAAUGACACUAAACGGCAAAAUGCUGUCUGGAUUGCUUUUGCCUGCCAGGUGCAAGGAAAAGCUUUGCACAAUGUGGCAGUUCAAUGUAUGUGUGGAGAGGUAUGUGUGGGCAAGUGUGUGAGUGUAUGUCUGCGUGUUUGUCGGGACAUCCAGUCAGGAACAGAACUGCUGCUGGGUGGUGAAACUGCAGGGACAAGUGAUGUAAGAGACAGACCCAAUGCGCAGGACUUCUCUGAAAGUCAACACAGAGAUAAUCAGAGAAUGAGAGUCACGAGGGAUGCAGAAAUGCUUGUGACUAGCCUACACAGUGUUAAGGAAGACAAAGAAGUACAUAACCAACUCAAGGAUGAGGAAGGACGGAACGAGGACAUCUAUAAACUCUCAAAGAUUCCGUCAAGCAAACUGAAUGCUGGAGUAAUCUUGUCUAAGAGAAAUCCAAACUUUGAGGGAAAUGAGGACAGCAACAACUUGACGGCUCAAAUAGCCACUGCAACAAAUGAACACCUGAACGGGGCCAUGGCCACUGAGGACAUCAUGUCACAGUCCAUCUUAAGUGGUCAGGCGCCUUCUGUCCGGGCUAGUUCUCGGCUGGCUGCUAAACCACGUCGCUUUCACUGUCUGAACAACCGAGUUAAGGCACUCCCUAUUCAUCCAGACAGACAUACGGACGGGCUAAUAGAGACUCUCACAGAGGCAGCCAAGUCCUCUGCGGAUGAGCCGGUUUCCAUGGCAACUUCCAAUACUGAUACAGCCGUCAACGCUCCCGAGGUGAGAGAGAGGCGUUACAGGUGUUCCAACUGCAGUAAAAUGUUCUACCAGGUUGGCCACUUAAAGAAACACCAAUUCAGUCACACAGAAGAGAAACCUUUCACCUGCCAGGAGUGCGGCAAAAACUACACUUCUGCAGAGAGCUUCAAGGCCCACCAGUUGAGCCACCGUGGGGAACGUCCGUUUUCAUGUCCACACUGUGACAAGACCUAUGGCCUGAAGCGAGACCUGAAAGAGCACUUGGUCCUCCACACUGGAAACAAGCCGUAUGUGUGCGAGCACUGUGGCAAGGCAUUUGCACGUCGACCAUCCCUGCGCAUCCACCGCCUUCUCCACUGCAGCAGAUUGAUUUACUCACAGCCUCCAAAGUUGCAGUGUAACCUCUGCCCCAAGCUGCUAGCAAACUCUGGUUCUCUGAGGAAUCACAUGAAGAUCCACACAGGAGAGAAACCUCACAUCUGUCAACACUGUGGGAAAAGUUUCUGUCAGAAAGGGAACUUUGAUAGCCAUUUGCGAAUUCACAAUGGAGAAAGGCCAUUUCGCUGCUCCGAAUGCGACUUGAGUUUCUCUCAGAAAGCCGAACUUUGUCGCCACAUGCUCUCCCACACCAGGGGUGGUUUUCUCUGUAGCUACUGUGGAAAAUCUUUGAGAGACCCGCACACCCUCAAAUCCCAUGAAAGAUUGCACACUGGGGACAGGCCCCAUCGUUGCCUUGUCUGCGGAAAAGGCUACACAAUGGCCACCAAACUGAGAAGACACAUCAAAUCUUCUCACGUGACAGAGAAGCCACACAGCUGUCACUGCGGUGCCUCCUACUCUCUGAGACAAAGUUUAUUGAGGCACCAAGCGCAGCAUCAGUCACAAUGGAAAACACAGGAGGCGACAGAGCCAGCUCUGAAAGAAUUAACAGCGGUAAGUUUCACUCAUCCAAAGCCAGUCAAAGGCAGACCCAAGAAAAACUCAGUCCCUCAAGGAGAUGAACCAAUGCAGAGAAAAGGAUGGGGAAAGAAGAAUGAAAAUGACGCAGAGAAAGGAGUGAGAAGAUUUGAGAUUUCAACAGCCGAUGGGCAAGAUGGAGAGGCUUUAAGUGACACCCAGCACACAGUGUAUGUUCACACCGACCAUGGUACUACACACAGCUAUGAUCCCCUGUUCCUCACGUCAGACAGCUUGCAUUCAGGAGCAGGACAGAAGCUGGUAGAGGUGGUAAUAUCAGAAGGUGUAGAGCAAUGCAUUGUGGUCCAAGAGCAGCAGACUGUAGAAGAGCUGAUGAUCGUACAGGAGGAGGAACUCUGCUCUGUGGCCCAAACUGUUGAGAUAAACACGUUGUAGUCUGCAUGUCAACCACAACUAGAUAGUACUUUAUUGAUUCCUUCAGGAGAGUUCCUUCAGGAAAAUUUAAAUUCCAGCAGCAAGCAGUGUACAGAGUUGAGAUCUCUUUAAAAAGUAAAACGUAAAUGAUGGGGUAUAAAUGGAAACAAAAUACAAAAAUAUUACAAUAAAAAUAAAAAUCAACAAUGGGAAUAAAAUAUAACAGUAAAAUAGGAAUAUAAAAAGAGAAACUAGGCAGUUUCUGAUGUUCAUUAGGCCAUCACAGGACACUAAACACCUUUGAUUUGAUCAAGUGUAACAGCCCCCGAAAGUAUCCGUUUUGGUCCCUAUCAUGAUCAAUUUUCAAAAAGUUAGAAUCCUAAAAAUGUUCAUGCAGGACUCAGCUUGAAAUAAAUUGCGCUCCACUAAUGCCUUGUGAGUACAUUUCCAGCAAAAGUUGGAACUUUCACUUAAAUUGAUGUCAGACAGGUAGACCAACCAUGCGACUAAUGUUGAUUGGCGUUCAUCACCUUUUUAGUCUUUUUACAAUUUCUGAUGUCUGCCUAAAAUGUUGGAAAAUGAGGACCUCAGGUAAAAGUGUAAUUGCCUCAUUAUGUUAUUACAUUUAUCACGACAUAUGCCUUUUAACGUUUUUUGAAAUCCACAAAUGGAUUUUAGCCCGUACCCACAAUGCAGGUGCACUGAUCGGCAAGAUUCCAUGUGCAUGCACGCAAUGUUUGAAAAUAACUAUAGAAUGCAAUCGCUCUAGCAAAUUCUUCAUGAUAACUGACACAAUUCAUAAUUAAUAAAAUGGAAAGACUGCAAACCAUCUUGACAUCAAUAUUUAAUUAACCAACGAAAGAAAAUAAUCCACAAAAUCAGGGAAAUUACAGUAAUACGUUGGUAUGAAAAUUCUUAGACAAUAAAAGGUGAGUAAGCCCUCAUUCCGCUCACACAUGCCCAGCUGGACCUGUGCCUUGCGUGAGAAGUGCCCUUUAUACUGGAGCUCUUUUUUCUUUCUUCAUUGAUAGAGAAUAAAAAUUACUCUGUCAAUUCCCCCCCAAUAUGUUUUUACAUUUGACGGGGCACAGUUAUUGUGAAAAUUCCCCCAAAACGUCUGUGCACGUGCAUGUUCUACAGUGUGAAACACGUAAACUAAAAUCCACCACAAUCGAUUCCACGACACUUACAGCACCUCCAAUGUGUUCCGAUUUAAAAAUUGUAAUUGUAAUAAUUUGUAUCGGUGUUGAAAUAUUGUCAUCAUUAACGCUUUAAUAACUGUACAGGCUACACUUCAAGAUGCUGGUCAUUAAAUAAAAGUGAAAUCAAAUGACCUUCUCACAAUAUCUCAUUUAGGCAGAACAAAACAUGGCCGACUUUAUUUCCGGGGGUUAAAUAAGUCAGCUCCUGUACAGUAAAAACAAAAAAUUAUGUAACGUAUUUUUCGGAUUAUAAAUCACAUUUUUUUUCAUAGUUUGGCCGGGGUUGCGACAAAUACUCCGGAGCGACUAAUGUGUGAAAUUAUUAACACAUUACCGUAAAAUAUUAAAUAAUAUUAUUUAUCUCAUUUGCGGAAGAGACGAAGAAAAUGUCAGCAAUCGUCAUACACACGUCAACCAACAAGAAUUCAGCGGGGGAGGGUCACGGCAGAAGUGCAUUGUGGGUCAUGGGAUGCUAACUGCCAUAUGCUAUAUGCUACUGCCGCAGCUAUUAAAAUGGAUCAUUUCAUCGUUGUCGGUAACUCAUAAAAACUGAGAAGGGUUGAACAAAAAUGGCACCGAAAAGGAGAUCAUGUACUGCAGAUUACAAGCUGGACGUAGUGAAAUAUGCAGCAGAAAACGACAAGAGGAAGCGGCCCAUACCUUUGGAGUUGGCAGAGUUGUUUAGAAGCGACAUCGAGGAAGAAGAUUUCAUGGGUUUUAUCGAUUAGGAGUGACAGAUUGUUUGGUAAACGUAUAGCAUGUUCUAUAUGUUAUAGUUAUUUGAAUGACUCUUACCAUAAUAUGUUACGUUAACAUACCAGGCACCUUCUCAGUUGGUUAUUUAUGUGUCAUAUAACGGACACUUUUUCAGUCUGUUGUUCACUAUUCUUUAUUUAUUUUAAAUUGCCUUUCAAAUGUCUAUUUUUGGUGUUGGAUUUUAUCAAAUAAAUUUCCCUCAAAAAUGCGACUUAUAGUCCAGUGCGACAUCCAUCCAUCCAUCCAUCCAUCAUCUUCCGCUUAUCCGAGGUCGGGUCGCGGGGGCAGCAGCCUAAGCAGGGAAGCCCAGACUUCCCUAUCUCCAGCCACUUCGUCUAGCUCUUCCCGGGGGAUCCCGAGGCGUUCCCAGGCCAGCCGGGAGACAUAGUCUUUCCAACGUGUCCUGGGUCUUCCCCGUGGCCUCCUACCAGCUGGACGUGCCCUAAACACAUCCCUAGGGAGCCGUUCGGGUGGCAUCCUGACCAGAUGCCCGAACCACCUCAUCUGGCUCCGCUCGAUGUGGAGGAGCAGCGGAUUUUACGUUGAGCUCCUCCCGGAUGGCAGAGCUUCUCACCCUAUCUCUAAGGGAGAGCCCCGCCACCCGGCGGAGGAAACUCAUUUCGGCCGCUUGUACCCGUGAUCUUAUCCUUUCAGUCAUGACCCAAAGCUCAUGACCAUAGGUGAGGAUGGGAACGUAGAUCGACCGGUAAAUUGAGAGCUUUGCCUUCCGGCUCAGCUCCUUCUUCACCACAACGGAUCGAUACAACGUCCGCAUUACUGAAGACGCCGCAACAGUGCGACAUAUAUAUGUUUUUUUUCCUUUUUUAUUAUGCAUUUUUGACAUAUACUCCGGGGUGAUUUAUAAUCCGAAAAAUACAGUACUCAUUAUUACCGCAUGACAUGAUUAAAAAACAUGAAGCUGAAGGAUUAACUUGUGCCUAGGAUGUAAAUCUCUUUUACCAUCAAAAUAGAGCUGAUUUUGCAAUGUGCAUUGUAUUUUAUACCUUUCAGCUAUGCAAUAUUAGACUGCAAUAUAUUACUUUUAGCUCUAUGGUCAGCAUCACAGGUUACCCUUUUGCCAUAACUGCUUGCUGACCUUGGUGAAGCUCCACACCCAUGUCACUGCAAAUAUCAAAAUACCACAAAUGGUUUGUGCCGUAAACAAUGAAGUUUGUUUUGUUCAGGGUUUUUGUAAUUUGAAAAAAAAAAACUAUUAAAAAAUGUCAAUUAAAACAGUCGUGCUAUCGGGAUUUUAUUCGACCUCUCCAGGAUUUCACAGGCUUUUUUGUGAUGGUCGCAGUCUAAAAUGGCUGAAUUUGCAGCAGCAUUUUCAGAGUUUAGAAACAAAUUGUUAACAAUGUUUUAAGUGUUCCUUGUACCUUAAACUCCAAAAGCACAGGAAAAUUGCACAGCAAAAAGCCCCGAUUGUGAAUGAUAGACAAAAUUCUCCCCAAAACAUGCAGUUUUCCUUUAACAGACCAAAGGAAAAUGUUUACCUCCAGCACAAACCAAUAGCUCAAACCAACAAUCCCACUGUGUGGAGUGUGCAUGUUCUCCCCGUGACUGCGUGGGUUCCCUCCGGGUACUCCGGCUUCCUCCCACCUCCAAAGACAAGCACCUGGGGAUAGGUUGAUUGGCAACACUAAAUUGGCCCUAGUGUGUGAAUGUGGGUGUGAAUGUUGUCUGUCUAUCUAUGUUGGCCUUGUGACGAGGUGGCGACUUGUCCAAGGUGUACAUCGUCUUCCGCUAGAUUGCAGCUGAGAUAGGCUCCAGCGACCCCAAAAGGGACAAGCGGUAGAAAAUGGAUGGAUGGAUGGAUGGAUGAAUGGAUAAACCAUUAGCAGUUGGAUACGACCAAUGCGGAAGCAUCAUAUAAACAGUGGGGUUAGCGUUCCCUUAGGUUGGUUAGGGGUUAAUCCUGAACAUUGCACGACACUACGCAUCAUGUAGUGAUGUGCGAUACCACUGAUUUCCUUCCUGAUCCGAUUAGAGUAAAAUUUAGGCUGGUUUUGACAAUAUCGAUUCAAUACUGAUACUUUGUGCACAUCCUCCUGAUGUGCCUGGUUCAAUGUAACGUAUGUCUUGUAAAAUCAACUUCAAACAAUGUAAAAUCACAGCGCGGACCAAAGAAGGCUUUAUUCUUUAUUUUUAUUUAUAGUCAACUCUGUAUGUACUGUCUCCAAAUAGCCUACAAUAAAAAAAAUACAUACACUUGCUAUUUUAUAACACUGAGUCACUCAUUUUAAUAGCCAGUCAUUUUUUUGCUUGGACAUGACUUACUUACCUGCGCAGAAGACAAAGUACUUCCCACCAAUCCUUGUUCAUUUAGACAAGAUCUUAAUUAUUUAGGCACUUUAUGAGGCGGCGACUUCUCCAGGGUGUACCCUGCCUUCUGCCUGAACGCAGCUGAGAUAGGCUCCAGCACCUCCUGCAACCCCGAAAGGGACAAGUGGUAGGAAAUGAAUGGAUGGACACUGUGUUCCUGUUAACAAUAUACUAGGGCUGGGCGAUAUGGCCUUUUUUUAAUAUCUCGAUAUUUUUAGGCCAUAUCGGGAUACACGAUAUAUGUCUCGAUAUUUUGCCUUAGUCUUGAAUGAACACUUAAUGCAUAUAAUCACAGCAGUAUGAUGAUUCUAUGUGUCUACAUUAAAACGUUCUUCUUCAUACUGAUACCUCAUUUUAACCUUUCAUGCAGAGAAGGAAAUCACAACUAAGUCAAUUGACCAAAAGUGUAUUUAUUAAACAGUUAUUAAGCAGUGGCACAAACAUUCAUGUCAUUUCCAAAACAGAAAGUGCAAGCUUGUCAGAGACAUUUUAAAACCAGUUAUUAGUGCACUUUUGUGCAUGAUGUCACUAAUAUGACAUAUCAAAACAACACUGAAUUAAAGGGCUCUUUUCGUAUUGAAUGCCACUACAAUAGUUUAAAACAAAUAAAGUGCACCUUUGUACAUGAUGUCACACAAAAUAAUUCAAUAAGUGUCAAAUAAAAAUGAGCUGCUUAAUAGGAAAUGAAAUAGUGUUUGUCCUUCGCUAUGUGGUAGGUUACUACGUACGUUAUUAAAUUCGGUUGUUGACUAUUUUUUUCAUAUGGUGUUGAUGUGAAAAUCUAUGCCUCGGCAUUUUGAUGGUGUGGGCGUGUGGCACCGAAUGGAGAUGUUGACAUGCAGAGUAAGCACUCUUCAUUCUCUAACAGGUGACUUUUAAAAUGAUGCUACAUAUUAGCAAUAAUGCUACUUUUUGUAGCAUCUUUUUUGCCCCACACUUGACAAAUUACGGUUGUCUGUUCGACAUAUUCCCACUUGUAGCCAAACCACUGCCAGACGAUGAACCCCCUGCUGUUUUUCUUGGGAAUUCUUCCUUCAUUAGCACCUUCUUUCUCUUGUAUUACCACUCGCACGGCUGCACUAGCAUCACAGCUAAUGUUACCCAUGCUGUUACCUUUCUGCUCCGCGAGGGCGUAUACGUACAGUAUGUGACGUAUAGAUAGAUAGAUAGUACUUUAUUGAUUCCUUCAGGAGAGUUCCUUCAGGAAAAUUAAAAUUCCAGCAGCAGUGUACAUAGUUGAGAUCAAUUUAAAUUAAAGUAAAAAGUAAAUAAUGGGGGUUUAAAUGGAAACAAAAUAGAGAAAUAUUACAGUAAGAAUAAAAAAUAAAAAGCAACAAUGGGAAUAAAAAUAUAACAGUAAAAUAAGAAUAUAACAAGACAAAGUAGGCAGUAGUGACCAUGUUAUGAAAACGUAAUGCACUGUUAUUGUUUUGCAUCCCCUGUCAUCCUUUCCCCCCCCCGCCCCCUGCCCCGGAGAGGAGUUGUACAGUCUAAUGGCGUGUGGGACAAAGGAGUUUUUGAGUCUGUUAGUCCUGCACUUGGGAUGAAGCAGUCUAGCACUGAACAGGCUCCUCUGGCUACUGAUAACGCUAUGCAGAGGGUGACUGGCAUCAUCCAGGAUGCUCACUAGUUUGUCAACAGUCCUCUUCUCUGCCACCGUCACCAGUGAGCCCAGUUUCAUUCCGAUUGUAGAACCGGCCCGCCUGUUCAGUUUCUCAAGUCUGGAGCUGUCCUUCUUAGAUGCACUGGCCCCCCAGCACACUACCAUGUAGAAAAGAACACUGAGUAUGUAAGAAGGUGCGCUUGUUGUCUAUGAGAAGGAGACACAAGAAGGAGUAGGAAGAGCCUGUAGUGUAAUGCCCGUAGCUAAAAACAACUGCGUGAGAACGAAUAUCACGAUAUCAUUUUCUAUAUCGCACAGAGACAAACCUGCGAUAUAUCGUGUAUAUCGAUAUAUCUCCCAGCCCUACGAUAUACCUUGUCUCAAAAAGCUAAAGUAUUGCAAGUAUUGCUAUUUUGAUUUGAGAAUUUAUACUCUACCAUAAAGAUCUGGUAUAGGCGAUACCAAUACCCCAGUAUCGAACUGCACAUCACUACUUUUUGGCCUCUAUGCUGUUUUUUACAAAGCCCGUUUCCAUAUGAGUUGGGAAAUUGUGUUAGUUGUAAAAAUUAACCGAAUACAAUGAUUUGCAAAUCAUUUUCAACCCAUAUUCAGUUGAAUAUGUUACAAAGACAACAUAUUUGAUGUUCAAACUGAUAAACAUUUUUUUUUUGCAAAUAAUCAUUAACUUUGGAAUUUGAUGCCAGCAAGAUGUGACAAAGAAGUUGGGAAAGGUGGCAAUAAAUACUGAUGCUCAUCAAACACUUAUAUGGAAUAUCCCACAGGUGUGCAGGCUAAUUGGGAACAGUUGGGUGCCAUUAUUGAGUAUAAAAGCAGCUUCCAUCCAUCCAUUUUCUACCGCUUGUUCCCUUUUUGGGGUCGCAGGGGGCGCUGGCGCCUGUCUCAGCUACAAUCGGGCGGAAGGCGGAGUACACCCUGGACAAGUCGCCACCUCAUCACAGGGCAAAAGCAGCUUCCAUGAAAUGCUAAGUAAUUCACAAACAAGGAUGGGGUGAGAGUCACCACUUUGUAAGCAAAUUGUCAAACAAUUUUAGAACAACAUUUCUCAACGAGCUAUUGCAAGUAAUUUAGGGAUUUUACUAUUUACGGUCCGUAAAAUCAUCAAAAAGUUCAGAGAAUCUGGAGAAAUCAAUGCACGUAAGCGAUGAUAUUAUGGACUUUUGAUCCCUCAGGCGGUACUGCAUCAAAAACCGACAUCAGUGUGUAAAGGAUAUCAUCACAUGGGCUCAGGAACACUUCAUAAAACCACUGACAGUUGGUCGCUACAUCUGUAAGUGCAAGUUAAAUCUCUACUAUGCAAAGCCAAACCCAUUUAUCAACAAUAUCCUGAAACGCCGGUGGAUAUGCUGUGCCUGAGCUCACCUUAGAUGGACUGAUGCAAAGUGGAAAGGUGUUCUGUGGUCUGACGAUGCCACAUUUCAAAUUAUAUUUGGAAACAGAGGACAUGGUGUCCUCCAGAACAAAUAGGAAAAUAACAAUUCGGAUUGUUAUAGGCGCAAAGUUCAAAAGCCAGCAUCUGUGAUGGUAUGAAGGUGUAUUAGUGCCCAAGGCAUGGGUAACUUACACAUCUGUGAAGGCACCAUUAAUGCUGAAAGGUACAUACAGGAUUUGGAGCAACAUAUGUUGUCAUCCAAGCAACGUUAUCAUGGCUGCCCCUGCUUAUUUCAGAAAGACAAUACCAAGCCACGUGUUACAAUAGUGUUGCUUCGUAGUAAAAGAGUCCGGGUACUUUCCUGGCCCGCCUGUGGUCCAGACCUGUGUCCCAUCGAAAAUGUGUGGCGCAUUAUGAAGCAUAAAAUACGACAGCAGAGUCCCUGGACUGUUUAACCACUGAAGCUCUACAUAAAACAAGAAUGGGAAAGAAUUCCACUUUCAAAGCAUCAACAAUUAGUUUCCUCACUUCCCAAACGUUUAUUGAGUGUUGUUAAAACAAAAGGUGAUGUAACACAGUGGUGAAAAUGUCCUUUCCCAACUACUUUGGCAAUUAUUUGCAAAAAAAAACAAAGUUUAUGAGUUUUAACAUAAAAAAUCUCGUAUUUGUAGUGCAUUUAAUUGAAUAUGGGAUGAAAAGGAUUUGCAAAUCAUUGUAUUCUGUUUGUAUUUAGUUCUAACACAAUUUCCCAACUCAUAUGGAAACGGGGUUUGUAAUUUUUGAGGCAUUUCUCUACAAAUUUUUGUUUGAAUUAUAAAUUGAUACCAGAUGUAUCCUACAUUGGUUUUGCACAUUGCCGUCUUAACGUCAUUUUAAUAGGAGACAUGCUUAUGAUAAGGUAGAGCAGUCAAAGCCAUGAUCCCAGCUAACUACAAUUCUUUAUCAGAAGGGUUCUCAAAGUUUUUUCAACAAUUAACCACAUCAAAAACCACGUGGCUCUCCAAGUACCACCAUAAUGACUAACAUUAAAAUACAAUAGCAUAGUAGGGUUAAGUUCAUUGAAAACAAGGCAGAGGUUUUAUAUAACAAGUACAUUUUGGCCACUGUAACAUUAAACACCGUUUGAACAGUAACACUGUUUUGGAAUAUUUAAACAUAAAACAUUAAUCAUUUAAUUAAGUGAUUCUUUGACGUAUCACUGGAUGGAGCCCGUGUACCAGUAGUGGUACCUGUACUACAGUUUGAGAAUCACUCUUUUAGUGGAUUCAAUUUGGAAUAUUUUUGAUAGCGUCUUGUUCACAGCGUCAGGGAGAGUUGAUAACGUUAGCGUAAUUGCUUCGGCCUUUUCUGUAUGUUUGUAUUGAAUAUGUUUAUUGCCUGGUUUGACUCGCUACCUCGUCAAUACAAUCUGUAUCUGUCUCUCUGCUCGCCUGUCUCACAGCUUUGCUUUUUCUCUUUCAUCAAAGUUAAAGACGUGACUCACUCAGAGGAUGCACAGACAACACGCCUUGAUUCACACUUGAGGCUAUUAAAAAAGUAAAUCACUGCAGAGUGUUUUCUUUUCAGGCAGGUACUGGCGUCAUGAAGUAGCUGUGCAUUGCUGUCAAAUGUAUUCUGACUGCAAUUUCUCUUCUAUUCAUGAUGCAUUGAUUCUAAUAUCCUGCGACUGUCUCCUGCUGUUGCUCCUUAGUUCUUUUAUAGAUUAAUUUUUUCAAUACUAUUUGCCCUAUUUUAACAUCACUGAAUUUAAACAGUCAACAUUUCCAGAACUGUCAUAGUCAAAGCCUGCAUCUAGCAAUCGCAACACCUUGGGGUGUUACUAAAACUACAAAACCCAAAACCAGUGAAGUUGGCAUGUUGUGUAAAUUGAAAAAAAAAAAAAAAAACAGAAUACAAUGAUUUGCAAAUGAUUUUCAACCUAAAUUCAAUUGAAUAGACUGCAAAGACAGGAUACCUAACAUUCGAACUGGAAAACUUUUUUUUUGCAAAUAUUAACUCAUUUGGAAUUAAAUGCCUGCAACAUGUUUUAAAAAAGUUGGCACAGGUGGCAAAAAAGACUGAGAAAGUUGAGGAAUACUCAUCAAACACUUAUUUGGACCAUACCACAGGUGAACAGGCUAAUAGGUAACAUGUGGGUGCCAUGAUUGGGUAUAAAAGCAGCUUCCAUGAAAUGCUCAGUCAUUCACAAAUAAGGAUGGGGCAUGGGUCACCUCUUUGAGAACAAAUGUGUGAGCAAAUUGUCGAACAUUUCUCAACGAACUAUUGCAAGGAAUUUAGGGGUUUCAUCAUCAACGGUCCGUAAUGUCAUCAAAAGGUUCAGAGAACCUGGAGAAGUCACUGCACGUAAGUGGCUAAGCCUGUGACCUUUGAUCACUCAUGAGGUACUGCAUCAAAAAGCAACAUCAGUGUGUAAAUGAUAUCACCACAUGGGCUCCGGAACUCUUCAGGAAACCACUGUCAGUAACUGCAGUUUGUCGCUACAUCCGUAAGUGGCAGUUAAAACUCUACUAUGCAAAGUGAAAGCCAUUCAUCAACAACACCCAGAAACGCCGCAGGCUUCGCUGGGCCUGAGCUCAUCUAAGAUGGACUGAUGUAAAGUUGAAAAGGGUUCUCUGGUCUGACGAGUCCACAUUUGAAACUGUUUUUGGAAACUGUGCACGUCGUGUACGGCGUAACAAAGAGAAAAAGAACCAUCCGGAUUGUUAUAGGCGCAUCUGUGAUGUUAUGGGGGUGCAUUAGUGCCCAAGGCAUGGGUAUCUUACUCAUCUGUGAAGGCACCAUUAAUGCUGAAAAUUGCCGACAGGUUUUGGAGCAACAUACAUGACUGUCUCAGAAAAUGUGAAUAUUUUGAUAAAGUCCAUCAUUUUCUGUAAUGCAAUUAAAAAUAUGAAAAUGUCA